AUGAAUGCAGAUAACCCUAGCGAGCCGAGCACCCCUAGAACGAUACGAUGCGAUCGUUGUCGCGCGGGACAUAGAAAAUGUGAUGGCCGGCGUCCAGCAUGUGGCCAGUGUUUAGGGAAAGACCGCGAGUGUACCUAUCGGCUUUCGAGCACGUCGAACACGUCCAUCACAUCUCUACGCAUCAGUCAAGCAUGCACGGUGUGUAGAGCUAAAAAGAGAAAAUGUGAUAGGGAGUUACCUGUCUGUGGCCCAUGUGUCCGAAGAGACCUGGCACUUCAAUGUGAAUACCUUAGCUCCACCCCUGCCCGUCGUUCGUUACUUGCGGAUAAUCCCUUGAUACACCCAAGAUCCGACGGAGAAGACGAAGCUCGCCCUCGAAAGCAUCCAAGAUUGUCGGGUUCAUCCUUUGUCAGAGGGAGACCUGCAUCACCAUGCUUGGAAGCCGAGCCUAAUGGCAUCAAUGUCGGCACAGAUGAGAGCGGUCCUAGAAUAGACGAAACUGAUGCAGGCAGAAAUGAAAGCGAUACAAGCAGUGAUGACAGUGAUACUAGUGGAGAUGAAAGUGAAACCAGCGAAAUUGAAAGCGAUUCCGACAUGGUUAGACACGAUGUUAAAGAGGUUGAAUGCGAUCCCAGUGAAUGUAGGGGCGAUGGUGUUGACAUUGGAAGCGAUUCUGGCGAGGAUGAGAGUGAUUCUGGAGAAGUCAGACCUGAUGAAGCUGGAAGCGAUGUCGGUGAAACUGCAAGCGAUCUCGGUUCUAGUGAAGAUGAAAGCGAUUCAGGCAAGGCUAAACGCGAUGAUGAGGAGGUUGAACGCGAUCCCAGCGAAAUUAGCCGCAAUGCUGUUGAAAUUGAAAACAACUCUAGUGACGAUGAAAGUGAUGACGGUGAAGUUAGAAAUGACGCUACUGAAGAUGAGAGUGAUUCUCUAUCCGAAGUGGAACAAAACGGUGUAGAGGAGAAAUCUCCUGGGGGUAGCGACGCGCCGUCGGACAUUGAGAUGGAAGUAGAGCCUGCCACACAGGACUUGGAGCCGCGGAAUUACAGAAACAUCUCAGCUAUCCCUCCGUCACCAACAAGCGUUUCCACAGAGAUAUAUAACUCUAGAGGCUCGGAUGAGAAUAUCUCCCUGUUGAACAAUUUGAAGGAAGCAAUCUCUCAGCGUACGGAUACCUCUAAACCGGGAGUGUGUGAACUGGCGAAAGCUGAGCUACGGAGGUUGUCCAUGAGGAUGAAGGCAAAUUUCCGAUUUUUGGAGGUACAGCCUGAUGCCCAGGACUUGGUCCUCCCUACACGCGAGAUUGCAGAUCAGCAUAUGGCGCUCUAUUUAACUCGUGAAUACGUUAAUCUACCAAUUAUCCAUCUUCCAGCAUUUCAACCCAAAUAUCUGGAAUUGUGGCAAGAAAAGGACCCAAUGGAUGACAAGGGUGCCUUUCAGGGCAUUGUCAAUCUCAUGUUAGCUCUCGGUUGUCUUCCUAAUUUCGACACUCAGGAAGAGGCCUCAAUGUACUUUGCUAGGGGCCAGAAGCUCAUACGACUCGGAAGUUUAAAUGGCGAAGAUAUACCUUGCGUGCAGGCCUACAUCCUUUCCGCCCAAUACUUGCUUGCGAUUGGAGAUGUAGAUGCUGCUUGGAAGUCCAUUGGCAAUGCCAUUCGGACUGCACAGGUUUUACACCUUCAUCUCAAAUCCGGGAGCCAGCACUUGGAGAAAAGGGUGGACAGAGAGCUUGCCAAAAGGCUAUGGCAUAGUGCCAUCAUGUUAGAAAGGAUGAUUGCUGUGAACUCUGGAAUGGCAUCAAUCGCUUCCCCACCGUUUCGGGCCCCGUUGCCUAUUCCUCUUGAGACCGAAUAUGUAGAUGUUGUUUUUGGCGGCGAACCCAUGUCUGGCCCUGACCGACCUUCAAUUGUUGAAUUCUUUACAGCUUCGUGUCGUUUGUAUGAAAGAUACGACGACAUUGUAUCUAUCCAAGACGAGCUUCGCAUUACCGACGGCCGCUCGCCACGCAAGACCCUAGAAGCUUUCGAUCCUCAGAAAUUGCUCGAUGUCGAUAGAUUGCUGUGCAAUUGGAAUGCUGCGUUACCACCGUUUCUCCAGUCACAUGCACCUGCUCAUGAAAACACCAUUGCACUUCGCCAGCACAAUGUGCUCCGUGUGCGGUAUCUUCAUCUGCGACUGCUGCUAUGGCGUCCAUUACUAGCUAUUCUAGCUGCAGACCCCGAAAUUUGCAAACCCAACCUGAUUAAUGGUUUGCACAAACCCGAAGCAAGUCGGCUCGAUACACCACUCAUAUAUACCAUUGCUAAAGAGAGUGCCAUCAAGUGCAUUCUAUGUGCCCAAGAAAUUGUCCGCAUCCUAGCAAGAUUUGAGCGGUUGGAUGAAAAAUCGAAUCCUGUUGGACCUGCUCCUUCUUGGUGGGAUAACAUAGGUUAUCUGUAUUGCUGCGCCACUGCUAUGCUUGCGGCUCGCCUGUGUUCGAGUGCUUAUGAUGAAAUGCCUAGAAACAGUGUGGAAGACUGCUGGAGUAAAUCUGUCGAUCUUCUGAUUAGAUAUCGCAAGUUAACCCCCCUGGUGAUAAGGUGUUUGACUGUGUUGGAAAAGCUUUCUUCCACUGUGAUGGAAAUCGAAGAUAAAGACGAGAUUAAAAAGGAAGCAAAUGGCGAUGAGCAAUUUGUCCGGCGAACAAGGGAUAUGACUUGGUUGGAGAUGCUGCCUGUUGAUGUUGAAAACUGAAUAUCAAGAAUAUGAAAACGGGACCUUGAUUACCAUUUGCGAUGGUAUUACUACGACUUCAGACCUUUUUUUAUCCAGUUGACCUUGUAAGGAUUCUCAAUGUGGUCGAGUAUUUUCACAUCUCCCUCCUUUGCGCUUCUGCCAAGGGACGUGCAUGAAAACCUGAGCUGGCAUUAUGGUGCAUGGUUUGCUGGUUGGUGGAUAUGGCCUUGUAUCUAUAUCAAUAUUUUGUUUGAGGUAUUAAUUAUCAACCCAUCAGAGCUACUUUGAGAGGUGGUGGGACAUUGCCCUAC